UAGCUCUUGCUAGCUCGGCCGACGGCCUGCCACCGAUCUACGCCUCUUUACAGCGUAAAAUUUUAACUUCGAUUGAUUUUGCUAUUAAAAGUAGAUUGUUGAUCAGCUGUAAACAAGUGGAAAAUUGAGCCAUAUUUCGUAAGCAAGAGGAGUAGAUUGUAGGAAUGAUCGUGAUACAUAGAGGAAAUUAAAAACGAAAGGUUUGGGGUCCAUGGCUAAAUGUUGAAGUGGGGAAUUAUUACUAAACCCAUUCCAGCAAGAUUGAUCUCUGAGUUUGUCGGUACUUUCUUCGUCAUCGAUUGAUGAAUUAUACCACCGGUCUCUGUCUUCUUCGUAUUAUCGUCAAUGGCUUCUUCGAGUUCCGGCAGUUCCAUACCUGCUCCAGAGGCCGUUCAAGUUCUUGUCUCGUCCCUGGCGGAUGAUUCCUCGGUGGUUAGGGAAGCCUCGGCUGCUACCCUCAAAGACGUUGCUUAUAUGAAUCCCCUCCUUGUUCUUGACUGUUGUUCGACUGUUUCGCGGGGUGGCAGAAGGAAAUUUGGGAACAUAGCAGGUUUAUUUCAAGUUAUGGCUGUGGCAAUUCGGGCAUUAGAUAAAGAUGAUGUUGAUCCUCAGUUUAUGACAAAACUUGCCAAAAUAGCCACGGCUGAGAUCAUCUCAACCAAGGAAUUUAAUGGUGAUUGGCAAAGGGCUGCAUUUGGUGUACUUGUUGCUUUAGGUUUGCACCUGCCAGAUCUUAUGAUGGAGGAAAUAUUUCUACAUCUUUCUGGAUCUAAUUCAGCUUUCCCAGCAAUGGUUCAAAUACUUGCUGAUUUUGCCUCAUCUGAUGCUAUUCAGUUUGCUCCACGCCUGAAAGGCAUACUUGCAAGAGUUCUGCCUAUUCUUGGAAAUGUGAAAGAUGUCCACCGGCCAAUCUUUGCAAAUGCAUUUAAAUCCUGGUGUCAAGCCUGUUGGCAAUACAGUGUUGAUUUCCCACUCUCCACGGCUGUUGAUGGUGAUGUUAUGUCUUUCCUGAACUCUGCAUUUGAGCUUCUAUUAAAAGUUUGGGCAAAUUCACGAGAUCUGAAGGUCCGGGUGUCUACUGUUGAGGCUCUAGGUCAGAUGGUUGGUCUCAUUACCCGGACACAGCUGAAGUCGGCUUUGUCAAGACUUGUUCCAACUAUUUUAGGAUUGUAUAAGAAAGACCAGGAUGCUGCUUAUGUGGCUACAUUUAGUCUCCACAAUCUCUUGAAUGCUUCAUUACUUUCAGAAAGCGGUCCACCUUUGCUGGAUUUUGAGGAUCUUACUGUCAUAUUAUCAACACUUCUUCCCGUGGUUUGCAUCAAUAAUGACAGCAAGCAGCAUUCAGAUUUUUCAGUUGGGCUGAAGACCUAUAAUAAAGUUCAACAUUGUUUUCUCACGGUUGGCCAGGUUUACCCAGACGAUUUGUUCACUUUCCUUCUCUAUAAAUGCAAGUUGAAGGAAGAACCUCUAACUUUUGGUGCACUUUCAGUGCUAAAGCAUCUUUUGCCUAGAUUGUCUGAAGCUUGGCAUACUAAAAGGCCUCUUCUAGUGGAAGCAGUGAAAAAUUUGUUAGAUGAGAGUAAUUUGGCUGUUUGCAAAGCACUUGCUGAGUUAAUUGUCGUCAUGGCUUCGCACUGUUACUUGGUUGGUUCAGCAGGAGAGUUAUUUGUGGAAUAUUUGGUACGCCACAGUGCAAUGCCAUAUGUGGACAAGGAAGAUAAUGAAAAUCCUAAGGAAUCUAUUAGGUUGACUGGCUCCUACUAUCCAUUCCUACACAAGAAACCAGAGUUAAAGGUUGGAGGAAUAUGCCCAGCAGAUUUAUGUGAAAUAUAUGAUAAAGGUCUUCUUCUGAUAACAGUUACCAUUCCUGAAAUGGAGCAUGUGCUUUGGCCAUUUUUGUUGAAAAUGAUCAUACCGAGAAUUUACACUGGAGCAGUUGCCACGGUUUGCAGAUGCAUCUCAGAAUUAUGCAGGCAUAGACAUACUCAAAGUGAUACUAUUCUUUCUGAUUGUAAAUCCCGUGAAGAUAUUCCUAGUCCUGAGGAUCUUUUUGCGCGUCUUGUGGUGCUUCUUCACAAUCCACUUGCAAGGGAGCAGCUGGUGACUCAGAUUUUAACUGUCCUACAACACUUGGCAUCCCUAUUUCCCAAAAAUAUCAUCUUAUAUUGGCAAGACGAGAUUCCCAAAAUGAAAGUGUAUGUGAGUGAUCCAGAAGACCUGAAGCAAGAUCCUUUAUUCCAAGAGACUUGGGAUAACAUGAUUAUCAAUUUCCUUUCAGAAUCGUUGGAUGUGAUUCAGGAUGUUGACUGGGUGAUUUCCUUGGGAAAUUCUUUUGCUAAACAAUAUGAGCUCUAUUCAUCUGAUGAUGAGCACUCAGCACUUCUUCACAGGUGCCUUGGCAUUUUGCUACAAAAAGUACAUGAUAGAACGUAUGUUCGUGCUAAGAUUGAUUUGAUGUACUUUCAAGCUAACAUAGCUUUGCCAGUCAAUAGGCUAGGUUUGGCGAAGGCCAUGGGAUUGGUUGCUGCAUCCCACUUGGACACUGUGCUGGAUAAGCUGAAAGGAAUUCUUGACAAUGUUGGUGAAAACAUCUUCCAGAGGAUUUUGGCAUUCUUUUCUGAUAGAGCUAAGAUGGAAGAGUCAGAUGAUAUUCAUGCUGCUUUGGCUCUUAUGUAUGGCUAUGCCGCAAAGUAUGCUCCAUCAACAGUUAUUGAGUCCAGAAUAAAUGCACUUGUGGGUACUAAUAUGCUUUCCCGACUUCUUAAUGUACGCCAUCCAACAGCGAAGCAGGCAGUUAUCACUGCUAUUGACUUACUUGGUCAGGCUGUCAUUGGUGCUUCUAAAAGUGGCACAUCAUUUCCUUUGCAGAGGAGGGAUAUGCUUCUUGAUUACAUAUUGACAUUAAUGGGUCGAGAUGAUGAGGAUGGAUUUUCCAAUUCAAAUCUAGAGCUCCUGCACACGCAGUGCCUUGCCUUGAGUGCUUGCACUACUUUGGUUUCUGUGGAGCCAAAAUUAACAAUGGAAACGAGGAACCAUGUUUUGAAGGCAACACUCGGAUUUUUUGGUUUACCAAAUGAUCCUCCAGAUGUAAUCGGUGGCCUUAUAAACAACCUUAUUACCCUUCUUUGUGCAAUCCUUGUUACAAGUGGAGAAGAUGGAAGAAGUAGAGCAGAACAACUGCUGCAUAUCUUGAGACAGAUAGAUCCGUAUAUUUCUUCCUCUAUUGAGUAUCAGAGAAACAGAGGUUGUCUUGCUGCUUAUGAGUUGAUGCAGAAAUUUCGUACAGUGUGUGUUAGCGGAUUCUGUUCACUUGGAUGCCAGGGAAGUUGCAGUCACAACAAACUACUCGACCGUACAAGCAAGUUUUCCAAUUUACUAUCUGCAUUUGUAUCUCCAAGUCGUGAUGCAUUAUGUUUAGGGGAAAGGGUCAUGGUAUAUCUUCCGCGUUGUGCAGAUACAAACCCUGAAGUUAGAAAAACUUCUGCACAGAUUCUUGAUUUAUUUUUCAGUAUCUCUCUUUCAUUGCCAAGGGCAUCAAACUCUAGUUUUGGACUUGACAUUGAAUCAUCUUAUGGUGCUUUGUCUGCUCUUGAGGAUGUUAUUGCUAUUUUAAGAAGUGAUGCAUCACUUGACCCAUCAGAAGUGUUCAACAGGAUUGUUUCCUCUGUUUGUCUCUUAUUAUCAAAGAAUGAGCUUGUGGCUGCCCUGCAACUUUGCUCAACAGCUAUUUGUGACAAGAUCAAACAGUCUGCUGAAGGUGCAAUUCAAGCUGUGGUUGAGUUCAUUACUGAGAGAGGAAAAGAACUUAAUGAGGCUGAUAUCUCAAGGACGACACAGUCUUUGCUUUCUGCUGUCAUCCAUGUAACUGAGAAGUACAUACGUCAGGAAACACUUGCUGCUAUUUCAUCUCUCGCUGAGAGUACUAGCGCAAGUAUUGUUUUCAAUGAAGUGUUGGUGGCUGCAGAGAGAGAUAUAGCAACAAAAGAUAUAUCUAGAUUACGUGGUGGAUGGCCUAUACAGGAUGCUUUCCAUGCUUUUUCCCAGCAUGCUAUUCUUUGCUCUUCAUUUCUGGAACACAUAAUUUCACUGCUGAAUCAAACCCCUGCCAUUCAAGGUGAUUUUGGGAAGGGAGAGUAUUCCAAAACUUUUGGGGAAGUUCAUGCAGAAGAUAAUGUUUUGCAUGCUGCAGUCAUAGCUCUUACUGCCUUUUUCAGAGGCGGUGGCAAAGUUGGAAAAAAGGCUGUUGAGCAAAGUUAUGGUUCUGUUCUUGCCACUCUUGUAAUUCAUUUGGGAACAUGUCAUUUGUUAACUAAGUCUGGCCAGCAGGAACCUCUACGUGAGCUGUUGAUUGCAUUUAAUGCUUUCUGUGAAUGUGUUGGCGAUCUGGAGAUGGGAAAGAUUCUGGCUAGAGACAGAGAAGAUAAUGAGGAGGAGACAUGGAUUGGUUUGGUUGGGGAUCUGGCUGGAUGCAUCUCCAUAAAAAGGCCGAAAGAAGUUCUUGGUAUCUCUUUGAUUCUUUGCAAAUCCCUGGAUAGACCACCAAGGUAUUUGCGGGAAGCUGCUGCUGCUGCAUUGUCAGAAUUUGUUCGAUUCAGUGAUAGUUUUGGUUCUUUGUUAGAGCAGAUGGUUGAAGGCUUAUGCAGACAUGUUUCUGAUGACUCUUCAACUGUGAGGCGUCUUUGUUUAAGAGGACUUGUCCAGAUGCCGCCAGUCCAUGUGGUCCAGUAUACUGCUCAAAUUCUCAGUGUUAUUGUAGCUUUGCUUGAUGAUCCUGAUGAAUCAGUUCAGCUUACUGCUGUCUCAUGUUUGCUGAUGGUUCUUGGAUGGUCUACAACCGAUGCUGUGGAACCUAUUUUGCUUAACCUUUUAGUUCGGCUUCGUAACCUUCAGGUGUGCAUGAAUGCGAAAAUUCGAGCCAAUGCAUUUGCAGCAUUCGGAGCUCUAAGCAAUUAUGGGUUUGGGCCUCAACAUGAUGCAUUUCUCGAACAGGUUCAUGCUGCAUUUCCACGUUUAGUUUUACAUCUUCAUGACGAGGAUCUUGGUGUGCGAAAAGCUUGUCGGAAAACUUUAAAAUGUAUUGCUCCAUUGGUCGAAUUUGAUGGUAUGGUUGCCCUAUCCAACACACACAGAUUUAGUUCCGAUCAUAGAGGUGAUUACGAAGACUUACUUAAAGACAUCGCUAAGCAAUUUACCCAGCAGAUCUCCUCGAGAAUCGAUACGUACAUGGCAUCUAUAAUACAGGCUUUCGAGGCUCCUUGGCCAGCAAUUCAAGCAAAUGCCAUUUAUUUAUGUAGCAGUAUAGUCGCGGUUUCGAACGAUCAACAUAUCUAUGUCCUCUACCAUAGCCAGGUCUUUGGAGUGCUGAUUGGAAAGAUAAGCAAAUCUUCCGAUGCAAUUGUUAGAGCAACUGGUUCCCGGGCACUCGGAUUGCUCCUUAAGUCGGCCAAUUCAAGUUCCUGGAAAGGCGCACGGCUCGACCCAUCAGAUUCGAUCCUGUCCGGACAUGAAGCAGAAUCUUCCAGGAGAUUAUGAUUAUGAUGACAAGAACCACAACUGGGAAGGAACUUUAUAGGUGCUGGAUAAUUUGUUUUAUUUAUGUGAGUACAUGUGCGGCGGCGGUUUGUACAGCUUACGAUGGAUAAAUUAUGAUGCUGUCUGUGAGCUGCUUGUGACACUGCUUGUUGGGGUUGGUUUGCUGCUGCUGCUGCUGCUGCUCGAACCCGCCGUUGUUCUUUUC